CUUUCGUUUGCGUUUCAACUUAAUUUUGAAGCCACCCCAAUCAUAGACAUGGGAGAGCAGUACGGCCUGCCGGAUCUGCGGCAGUUCAUGGCAGGCGGGAGGACCCAUUUUCCGGCGGCCAUCCCAGUACACCCUCCUCCGGCGACCGAGUACCCGCCCCAACCGCAGCAGCACUACUACGAGAGCAGCCUUAUGGUGGGUCGCCAUCAUCAUCAUCAUCACGAGAUCAUUGAUCAUGAUCAGAGACCUACUCAUCAUCAUCAUCAUCAUCAUGAGGUUAACGUUCUUAUGCCUUCCGGGUUCACUCCCCCUCCUCCUGCCGCUGUCAAUUUCUGCGGGCUAAUGGAGAUGGAAGCCGGUAAUUGCACUACUACCACCACCACUAGCAGCACUGGAGGCGGCGGCGGAGCAGGCGGAGGAGGAGAUAUAAUUGGUGGCAACAGCAGCAGCAGCAGUAGAUGGCCGAGGCAGGAGACUCUCACUCUCCUUGACAUCAGAUCUCGCCUUGAUCCCAAGUUCAAGGAGGCUAAUCACAAAGGCCCCUUGUGGGAUGAAGUCUCCAGGAUAAUGCUAGAGGAGCAUGGGUACCAGAGGAGCGGCAAGAAAUGCAGAGAGAAGUUCGAGAACUUGUACAAGUACUACAAGAAGACCAAGGAAGGUAAAGCUGGAAGACAAGACGGGAAGCACUACAGGUUCUUUCGCCAGCUCGAAGCCCUCUAUGGCAAAACCAGCAACAUCAAUAUUCAAGCUUCGGUCUCGGACACCCAAUACAAUAUCACAAACUGCGAUCUUCUCUAUAAUCCAAGCAACAUCGCCGUUGACAAAUUAGCAAAUCUAGAUCAUCAGCACCAGCCCCUUCACCCCGACCACAAGCUCUGCGAGAGUCUCAGCUUCUCCAACUCCUCCGAUCACUUCGAGACCACUUCUAAUUCCUCAGAGAACAACGAAGAUGAUCUUUCCGCGAUUGCUCUCAUGAUGGACCACUCCGUGGAGAAGAAGAAGAGUUUCAAGAGAAGGGGGUGGAAGGCUAAGAUAAGGGAGUUUGUGGAAUCACACAUGAGAAAGUUGAUGGAGACUCAAGAUGUGUGGAUGGAGAAGAUGUUGAAGACCAUUGAGCACAAUGAGCAAGAGAGGUUGUGUAGAGAGGAGGAGUGGAGGAAGAUGGAGGCGGCGCGGAUCGACCGCGAGUACAAGUUCUGGGCGAAUGAGAGAGUGUGGGUCGAAGCCCGGGACGCGGCGUUGCUCGAGGUUUUGAAGAAGUUUACGGGUCACGAACUACAAGGGUUGUCGGUGCCGGAGUUGAAGAUAGAAGAAAGCGAUCGGUGUCGCGAGAAAAACGUGGAGGACGGCGCGAGUGAUGCGCCGGAAGAUAAGUCCAUGGACAGUACUAGGUGGCUGGAACCUGAGGUUUCAAGUUUGAUACAAAUAAGGACUAGCAUGGAGCCUAGGUUCCAAGAAAGUGGGUAUCUAAAGGAAGGCCUUUGGGAGGAGAUAUCAGCGAAAAUGGCGUGUUUAGGGUACGAUCGGAGCGCGAUCAAGUGCAAAGAGAAAUGGGAUAAUGUCAAUGUAUUCAUGAACAAGAGUACCACUGAGUGCAGUAACAAGAAGAGAAAAGAGAAUUUGAGGAUCAAUUCUUAUUUUCAGCAGCUUGAUCAGUCUCACAAUGGCCAUGAGAUCAAUGUGGAGGGUCUUCAUCGGACCGACGCGUCCGGCUAGGCGGUGUAGGAUAGCUGCUUUCAGAUUUUGAUGGAAGAAGGAGGUCACUUGUGGGAGAACUAUGGAGUGAAGUUCAACAAGGGGAAAAACCAGGAACCCUAAUUAAUAGUACUAAGGUUGUUCUGAUCAAUUAAUUAAUCUCCAUGAGUUGUACUACUA